AUGAAGUCACCAUUCACAAGGAACAUGCCUUCCUUUGCAGAUGCAGAUGCUCGAGAAGAAUCAAUGAAAUCGAUUCAGGUGCCUUUCUCGUUAUGGGGUGCAGAAGGACACUGGAGAGACUGUAUCCAGUGGCUUUUUGCCAGCAGUCUGUGCAGUUGCUGUGCGCUGGACCACUGCAUGGUUAUGGGCCCAACUCGAAAUGAGGAUUAUUGUGGUGUAUUGCAGCGUUUUGUGUUUGGUUAUUUGGCAGGCUUGGCUGGCGGGUUGGCUGGCUGGUCAUCUUCAUUCGCAGUGCAUUCGGACAAGCCAGAGACGAUUGGGGAGCCACGGCAGUAA